AUGCCACCACCGCCCCUCCCCCCGCGCCCCAAGACCCCGCGGAUAAUCCUCUACCACCAAACCCACUAUACAUCUUCUAAAGAAUACAUUUCCAUCCUCCCGCUCCUCACUGAAAAUACCGGCACCACACACGUAAUCCUCGCCGCAAUCCAUCUCAACAACCCACCUGGUAAUAUCCAUCUAAACGAGACACCGCCGGACGACGCGAUAUUCGAGACACUUUGGGACGAAGUGCUUGUGUUGCAGGAUUCCGGCAUCAAAGUCCUUGGCAUGCUAGGCGGCGCCGCGCGCGGCUCCUUCGAGCGCCUGGACGGUAGCGAGCAGUCUUUCGAAGCGUACUACUGCCCGCUCCGCGACAUGGUGCACAAGCACAAGCUCGACGGGCUGGACCUCGACGUCGAAGAGGAGAUGUCGCUGGAGGGGAUUAUCCGACUGAUCGAUAGGCUCAAGGCAGACUUUGGACAGGAAUUCUUAGUCACACUUGCACCCGUUGCUACUGGGCUGAUUAAUCAGAGGCAUCUGUCCGGGUUUGAUUACCAGAUGUUGGAAGUUCUGCGUGGGGGCGUGAUCGAUUGGUACAAUGUCCAGUUCUAUUGUGGGUGGGGGAGUAUGGCGGAUCCCCAGUGCUACGAUCUGAUCAUGGCAAUGGGGUGGCCACCGGAGAAAGUUGUUGCUGGAGUUGUUACGAAUGCGGCCAAUGGGAGUGGGUGGGUGGGAAUUGAUGUGCUCGUUGUGGUGUUUAUGGAGCUGGUGCAGAAGUAUCCCGGAUUCGGAGGUGUGAUGGGGUGGGAGUAUUUCAAUGCUAUGCCUGGUGGGUUGGGGAGGCCAUGGGAGUGGGCGGAGAAUAUGGCGAAUGCCAUGGCGAUGGGGAGGGCGUGGUAA